AUGUCGUCUACUACACUUCUUGCAGAGCUUACCAAACUGAGCAGAGCCGAAAUGCUACUCCGGGGCAUGCGUGUUAAGUUGCACACAGUGCUUUCAAGACGUAUAACCUUAUAUGAGGUGGCAAUUCGCAGGGCCAUUCUUGAUCCAGAACCAUUUCCCGACCUACAUGAGCGGAUUGGAUUCGUGGGCUGGGAAUUUACGGAAGCUAUUAAAAUGUUGGGGGAAAUGAUUGAUGAAGGUCGGGCAAGGAUACUCAUCGUUGAGAAGACCUUGUGGAAUGAUUUGAGUAUGGUCGAGGCGGUUAAUCAACUUGCAAUCAUGUGGAACACUAGCUGGAGAGGAUAA